CCAAACGAAACAACAACAACGCAAAAAGGUUUGCUUUGUAAAAGGUAAAACAAGAAGUUGCGAACUGGAAACUAAUUGCUUCAAAAGCAUGGGAAACGCCACAACAACUGAGAUAAAUACGCCGGCAGAAACCGGCUUUAGCAUUCAGUGUGUCGCUGGCUGACGGAUGUGACGGAUCACGGACCAGCAGAGCAACGGACUGCGGAGAAACUCAUUUGAAUUAGAGCGCGGCUAUUGAUUAAACUUCGCACAGUGUGAAUCAACAAUUUCCAUAAGCGGGAAAAUCACAUUCCGAGAAUCGAUAACGUAAAUCCGAAACAAUGGAGUACCUUCGUUAUGCUUAUGAGAAAAUUAUGGGCACUGAAAGCUCGACAGAUGGCACGCAAGUUGUCUACGACACUCCCCGCAAAGUGGUCUGCUUUGGCAAUGUGCUUCUAGAUCGCGUCGUUAAGUUGGAUAAUCCCGAAGUGCUUGAGAGUUACCAGCUAGAAGUGGGCUCCAAGGGCGAAUUGGAUCUGGAGAUCAUAAAUAAAAUCGCCACAGAGGCUGCCGACGGCUCCAGAUGCCUCUCCAAUCCCGGUGGAUCGGCCUUGAACACUGUGCGCAUACUUAAACUCUUGGGCACAGAGGCUCAGUUCUUUGGCGCUAUUGGUGAUGACAAAACAGGGGAGCACUUGCGUUCCAUUAUUGCCGAGAAACAUAUCGAGGCGCGUCUGCAAGUCAUUGAGGAUAUGCACACGGGACAGUGUCUCUGCCUAAUGCACAACGAUAAUCCCACAUUGUAUGCCAAUAUUGGCGCCUCUGCAAAGUUCUCGUUGCAACAGCUGAAGCAUGCCGCACUCCAUGGUAAUGAAAGUUUUCUGCGUCCCAUCGAACGCAAACAGAUCCUCUACAUCGAGGGAUUCUUUGUCCCACAUCGAGCUGAGGUUAUCGAGUAUAUACUGCGUGAUCUGGUGCAGGAGCGACGUCAUCUGGCUGUGAAUCUCAGUGCACCCUACAUAGUGCGGGAACAUUCGGAGGAGAUGCUUAACUUGGUCAAGCGUGCGCUCUUUGUGUUUGGCAAUCGGCAGGAGUUCGAGGAGCUGGCCACCGCAGCUGGUUGCAAAAGCGUAGAUGAGUUGGGAGAACAGCUGCUGCAGGCGGACAAUGCAAAGAUCAUACUCGUCACCAAUGGAGCGAAGGGCGUGCAGCUGAUCACCAACUAUGUGGCGGAGAAGUCUCCAGCAGGUCAAUGUGUUUUCGAACAGUACCAAGGACAGCGUGUGGAUAAGGUGGUGGAUGCCACCGGAGCAGGAGAUACGUUUGUCGCUGGCUUUCUGCAUGCCUGGCUGGAGAAGCGUUCGCUGAGCGAAUGUGUGCGUAAGGCCACCGAUGUGGCUGCCAAGGUGGUCACACAGGUGGGCUGUAAUCUGCCAUAGAUGCCUUAAUUCAAUAUCCCCACCCCCAAUAUAUAUGCCACGUUGUUGCCUUAGCUUUCUAUUUUAGUGUGCAGGCCACACCAAAAAAAACAAAAACCACACUAUGGGGGUGUGACGAAUCGAAUACCAGUGA